AUUUACUUUUACUUGUGUAGUGACAAAUAAGCCUAGCGCCGCAUGGUGAUUUGUACGCAAUGUGGUUACGAAUAUUAACGUGGAGCCUAGCAAUGUGGUACUGUGGAGCUGAAAUAAAACCAUGCGAUUAUGCGGACAAAAUCUACCGAAUAAACGGAAACUCCAUUGACUUUCCAUGUGAUGCAACAAAGAACAUAUUUGUUACAACGGAGAGGUACAAGCCUUGCAAUAUCAUACCACUGCGAUUUCAAAUCGAUCACCAAAGUGAUCGUGCUUUGAUAGUGUUACCGCGUUUGCGCAGCGGUAUUCCGAUUACAUUUGGGGUAUUCGAUUUGAAGAAACCCAAUUGCUAUACGCAUAUCAAGCCGUAUCCUUGUUGGCAGUACCAGGAGGAAGGGAACUGCAAUUCUUUCCAAUCUGUGGUCGAUGCCUAUAUCGACAUAAAGAACAACCUCUGGGUGUUGGACAACGGAAUAACCAACUAUUUACAGCAGCCAAUUAAGCGAUGUUCGCCGAAAGUGGUAGCAUUUUCCCUUGAAAAGGACAAAACUAUCAAAAUUGUGGACUUGAGUGACAUUGUAAAGCCAACUUCAAGAUUACAGCAUAUCGUUACCGAUUAUUCACCUAGCGGAAAUCCUUAUGUGUACAUCGCAGACGCUGAGGGUGCAAUUAUUGUGCUAGACAUUCAAAACAGUAAAAGUUAUCGAGUCGUUCUACCACGUGCUAUUGCAGCCGGAUGUGGCGAGUCGGAUGUACUUUAUCUGUUGCUGGUGCGAAGGUCGAUGAACCAAAACACAGUAAUCUUCUCCUAUCUUUGUGGUCAAAAAGUGUACUCGAUCAAAUCGGAAUAUUUACGAACUGGUCGCGGAACUAGUGCCAUUGUUGAGCUUGGUAAUAAAAAUAAACACUCCGUUCUACUUGGGACGGAUGGUGGGAAAAAUGUCGUCUUACGAUACAGAAGCGAAAGUGAACUAUAUCUAUGGGAUACCGACCAGCCAUACAGAGAAUGUAACUUUGAACAAGUGCAGAAUUCGGACGAAUGUCGGCUUAGUACACACGUCGCGCCUGGCGGUCAUGAUGGACUACUAUAUUCAUUGUCUUCAAACAUAGCCGACUAUCUUAACGAUACGUGUGGAGCUGGUGGAGCAUCCGCUAGAUUGAAAUUCAUCAGUAAAGAGUGUGACGAUGAUUGCUUCUGAACAGAAUUAAAACAAGUUUUAAUAGAAUAAAACAAAUUAA